AGUCGCCUUUCUUCUGCAACUGUCCUCACUUCCUUUCGAAUGCUGUUUUCUUUUCCUUUACUUAAAAAAUUCUUGUUUCUAAUUCACGAGAUUUCUUUGAUUUCAAGAGUAGUUUUGGUAUUAGAAAAUCUCUUUGUUUGUAACCAAGUGGUUUGAUUGAGACUGCCUCACUGGAUUAGCAGUUGCUGGCUCUGGAAUACUCUUAUAAUCCCCCCACUUCUUCCUUCUGGGUCUUCCUUUAUUGUUUUUUUUUUCUCCUUUUUUUCCGUUAAUCUUCCCCUCACUUUCCCGAGAAAAUGAUAGACAUGAAGGGAAAUCAAAAGUUGGAUUUGGCAUCUUCCUACGAGGAUAGUAUGUCGGAAGAGAAGAUAUCCACUCAAAAGAUUUCAGUUUUGGAUCAUACUAAUGGAUUCCAAUACACAACUACGGACAAAUCCGAUAGCUUUGUUAUCGACAUGGAAAGUCUCUCUCAUGGAGGAUUCAAUAAAGAAAUCAACCCAAAUCCAAGAAUUACAAGAAACCUUUCACGAAAAGGGUCUCAACGAGAUAACAAGACUACUGCUCCCAGUCUCAGCUCUUCGCCUAAAGGGUCUUGUAUGCCUGAAAAGCCCACAGUGGUGGUCGCCGGGACCACCAAUCCUGCCACCAACCAACAAGUUCAUCAUCAGAUCACCAUUACAACCGGCAGUAUCGCCGCAGCGACCGAAAGCAGAUUUAGUCUGAAGAGAAAUAGUUGCAGACGGCCUCCUCCACCAUGGCUGAUUGAUCCCAGGAGGGUUCUCAUGUUAUUUUCCACAUUGUCGAGCAUAGGCACGGUUUUGCUGAUAUACUUCACCUUGUCGAUGAACAAAACGAAUGGAGAUGAGAGUGGUUUAGAUCAGUAGCUGGAAAAGAUGACACACCAACACAAUGCCUGAUUAAAAUAUGUUGCAGUACAGUAUAGGCAUGGGAGUUCAAUGCUUGACCAAUAGAAAUGGAUGCAAGUGGUUGAUUUAUUAAACAAAUGUCUGCUUUUGAUGACCGUUAGCGAAGAACAAAAUGAAACAAAUUGGGCCUUGGGAUGACAAAAGCUAAUCAACCUGCCAUUAAGAUGGUUUCUUAAUAAGAAAUUUUGGGGAUGAAGACAAGGACUUACUCCACUAAGACAAAGAGAAGGAAUCUUCGCUUUUAAAUUACACAUAUAUAUAUAUGUAUGUACUACGUAUGGAAGAGAUGGAAAAUAACAUGAUAUCCUACUGUUUUUUGCUUUUCUUGUUUAUCUUCAAAGUUGAAAUAGUUGACAUGGAGGAUCAGAAAGAUACCUUUGCUCCC